AUGGCUUUCUCUGGAACUGCUCAAAACGCCGGCUUCACAGGAGUCGGCGGACAGGACAUCAACACUUCCUCUCUGGCGAGCAUGGCCUCGUCCCUUGCCAGCGAGUUCUCACAGACCACAGGCAGUCACUUCACACGUACCAACAGUGGUACAUCUCAGACAGGGGCAAGCAGCUCAGACAGCUCGAGCGCCGGCAGCUCUGCUCCCUCAACCGGCACACAAACAACUCCUACCACAUUCGCUACAGCGGUCGCUCCCUCCGGCGAGUCCUCGCCCUCUCCGAACUCCAGCUCCAGCUACGGGACCUCUGCAACCAACGCUGCAAGCAGCACCACAGGCGGCGCCGUCACCGUCUCUGAAAAAUCUUCCUGUAACAGUAUCUCGUGUUCCUCUGCUCUGAAAGCGGCCGUUGCUGUUCCGGUUGUCGUUGCAGCGAUUGCGGGCAUACUUUUGUUUUUCUUUUGUGCCAGGAGGAGGAGAAGGAGGCGUGGUGGUGCGGUUAUGUCAGAGAAGGCACCUAAAAAGGCAGGCAAGAAGUGGACGCGACACCUACGGGCCUUCUCUUUCGAUGCUGAACUGCUCAUGGGCGGUCGGUUCUCGAGUUCGAACAGCAUCCGCAGUCGAGACCCCAGCGUUCGAAGUGGGCCGGGCACGGUGUCUCGUGGAAGCGCUCACAGCGGAGAACCCAGUUUGCACAGCAUCGACGAAGUGGCUCCUCCGUACCGAGAUGCUGUGACCCAUGUGACGCCCCCAAGUCCAGCUCGCUCCAUCCCUCAUGUCACCACACAUGCGGCUGACCCCAUUCCUCGACCUUCCUCGACAGCCACCGCACCACCUCCGUACCGGUCCAUCGUUGGCGGCGAACCGCCCUCUCCCUCCACGGUUCGCUCCACGGUUCGAAACCCCUUUGCAGACUCGGUUCCAGUCAGUCCUAUCGAGGGCUCGCCUUUCAACGAUCCCCCCGAAGAUGCGUCUGGCGCUUUGCGUCCUACCUUGAGUCGUGGUUCAUCCAUGUAUCGCAGCGUGAUGACGGACGAAGACGCCACGCCCACUGCAUCUGAAGCCGGGAGCAUACGGCAAGCAAUGGUGGGCAGACGAGUGUCGGUUAGGAACAGCGAAACAGGCAGCGGUGGCGGCGGCAGCAGCAGCAGCAGCUAA